AUGGAAGCGUGCCGGAAAGGCGAGCAGCUGCGGGCAGGACGCGGGGCUCCCGCCUGGGGCCUGUUGUUGUCUCGGCUCCUCCGGAGGAGACGGCCGCAUUGUCAAUUCCUGCAGAAAUACGGAUACCUGGGAGCGCCGCGGCACGGACAACCCGGCCUGGCGGCGUUCAGGGCGGCCCUCAGGGACUUCCAGCGCGUGAGCCACCUCCGGCCCAGCGGGCGGCUGGACGGCCCCACGCUGCAGCAGAUGGGCCGGCCGCGCUGCGGCACGGGCGCUUCCAAGGCGACCACAACGACGGGCUCAGCAACGCCUUCGACGGGCCAGGUGCUGGUCGCUCCCCAUCGAGGAGCCUUGGCUCACGCCUUGCUCCCGCGCCGCGGCGAGGCCCAUUUCGACAGCGACGAGCGCUGGUCCCUGCGCAGCGGCAAAGGGCGCAACCUCUUCGUGGUGGUGGCCCACGAGGUGGGCCACACGCUGGGCCUGGAGCACUCCCCCGUCAAGAGCGCCCUCAUGUCUCCCUACUACAAGAAGCUCAGCAAGGACUUUGUCCUCAGCUGGGACGACGUCUUGGCUGUCCAGAACCUGUACGGGAAGCCAUCCAAGGGCUCAGCCAUCCAGCUUCCCGGAAAGGUGUUCGCCCACUUCCAGGACUGGAGCGUGGACCUUUCCGGUGGGGAACAGCAGCAGAGGAGCCUCAGUGCCUAUUACUGCCACUCCUUCUUCGAUGCCAUAACAGCUGAUGGGGACCACAACCUCUACAUCUUCAAGGGCAGCCACUACUCUGGGGGCCGCGGGCCGCCGCGGCCCCUGCACCCCCGCUGGCCCGGCCUCCCCGCCGCCGUCGACGCUGCCGCCUGGUCCCAGCUCAGCGGCAAGUUUUACUUCUUCAAAGGAUGGGCUGGGAGCGGAGAUGCCGCUCGCGAGCUGACCCGGGAUGCUCCGUGGCCGAGCGGGCGCGCGGACGGCCUCCCGCGCCACCCCGACACGGCCCUCUACUUCCAGCAGCUCCGGCACCUCGUGCUCUUCAAAGGGGCCAAGUACUUCGUGGUGAGCGAGGAGACCCUGCGCGUGGAGCCCUAUUACCCCCGGAGCCUGCGGGACUGGGCCGGGCUGCCCCCCGGCACCGCGGGCGCCCUGCGGCACCGCGACGGCUUCCUCUACUUCUUCCGCGAUGACCAGUACUGGCAGUUCGACCAGGCCAAGCUGCAGGUGGUGGCCACGGGCAAGUGGGCGGCAGAGCUGCCGUGGAUGGGCUGCUGGGACGCCAAUGGCGGGCAGGUCCUCUUCUGAGCUCCUCC